AUGUUUGGUACCAGUGUCCCGUUGGAUUACUCCGACUCCAGCAUUGGUGUUGCGAAGAUCGCGCUUGGCAGAUAUAAUGCGACUUCAGGCACGCGCAAGGGCAGCGUUUUUGUUGGCCCCGGAGGGCCUGGAGGACAGGGCGUUUUCUUCGCGACCCAGCAGGGACCAGCGGUACAAGCUCUGGUCGGGGAGGACUGGGACAUCAUUGGUUUCGAUCCUCGUGGUAUCGGUGCCACCGAUGCUGAAAACCGCACGGCGUUCAUCACGAACACGGUGAUCGAUCGCAGCUACGAUGUUAGCCCCAACGUCACGGACCCCUUCAACCGCUACCACCUCGUGCAAACGCAAAGGGAGGCCGAUGCGCUCUACAAAACGCAGUUCGCGAUCUGUGCGCAAACCAUGGGAGAUACGCUCAAGUACAUGGGUACCACUUCUGUCGUGCGCGACAUUGAUCACAUCGCUACGCUUUUGGAUGGCGAGGAUUCGUUGAUCAAUUUCUACGGGCUUUCGUACGGCACAGUCACUGGCCAAUAUCUAGUCAACAUGUUCCCCAAUCGCGUUGGACGUGUAGUGAUCGAUGGAGUCGUCAAUGCGGAAACAUGGGCCACGGUGCCUCCAUAUAUACGUCUCGCCAGCUUCCUAAAUUCCACUGAGAAGGCAUACAGCGAAUUCUUCCGAUUUUGUGCGGAGGCCGGCCCGUCAUCCUGCGCGCUCGCUUCUAAAGAUAACGAGGACCCUUCCGACAUCAUGGCUCGCGUGGAAGACUUCGUGAACGGCCUAUACACCGCUCCUUUGCCAACGCCUAACGCGACGCUUCCUGGCAUGUUGACCAACGGCCGCGCCCGUAUGUUCCUCCUCGGCACGAUCGAAGAUCCUCAAAUCUGGCCUGCUAGCGCUGUCGCCUUCGCGCAGGCCAUGGCUGGCGACGCCUCCGCGGUCCUUAACCUCAUCAACACCAAGGGGCUCGUCGACCUCGAGCGCUCUGCGGUGACGUGCAACGACGUCCGGCCGUUCGCGGGCCCAACUCCAGAGGCAUGGGUCGAAGUCGGGCUCGCGGCGCUGAACAUCUCCCGGUUCGCGCUCGCGGGCACCACCACAGAACCAGACGACGGCUGCGAGUUCUGGCCGGCUUCGCCCCCCGAGCGCUUUGAGGGCCCGUUCAACAGCACGCUGAGGAACCCCAUCUUGAUCGUCAGCAACACGGUGGACCCGGCGACGCCUCUUACCAAUGGAGAGGCCGUGCACGCGCUGCUCCAAAACUCGUCUGCGCUUCUCGUUCAGAACGGCCCGGGGCACACGUCGAUCCAGCUUACGUCAACGUGCACCAUCCUCUCGACGCGCGCGUACUUUGCGGACGGCUCGUUGCCUGCGGAGGGCACCGUCUGCGAGAUCGACGCGUCCCCGUUCGCGUCAGACAACUCAACUGCCUCUGCGAGCGCGACGGCCUCGUUGGCUGUUGCUCACACAAAGGCGAGGAUCACCCUGAGGAGGGGCUGGGGCGCGUAG